ACGAGAGCAUUUUCCUCAUGUCCAAUAUCUCCGCAGAUGUUCUUUAGCCGUUUCCACGUGGUAGUUCAAUUUGUGGGGUAAUUUACAGUGAUCACCCUUAAUCAAUCUACCUGGUUCGCGCCGGCAUCGCCCCGGCUCUCCGUAAUCCUGGAUGAUGGUCAGGUACUGUCAUUAGCCUUAGCAGUAUAUAGGAAUGUUCUCCCCUUCCAAGAAUUCAACGAAGCUUGUCUGCAACUUGCAACGAUUCCCAACAUCAUGGUUAAGUCAACGUCAAUCGUGCUUUCGCUGGCGGCUUCUGCCGUUGCGGCUCCAACAUGCACAUGGUCGUCAUGGAAGAAUGUCAAAAACAUGUUCAUCUUCGGCGACAGCUACACACAGACCGGCUUCGACGUGAACGGCACCCAGCCCAACGCCGCCAACCCCUUCGGCAACCCACCAUUCCCGGGCUAUACAUCCGCUAAUGGCCCAAACUGGAUUGACUUUCUUGCUACCACAUACAACGCCUCCUUCAUAAAGGCGUACAACCUUGCCUACGGCGGCGCGACCGUCGAUGCCGCCCUCGUGACCCCUUACGCGCCCACCGUACUAUCCUUGAAAGACCAAGUGCAACUCGAAUACCUCCCGCGUUACGGUGCCCAUCCCAAAGACGCACCCUGGACCAGCAAGGAUUCCCUGUUCGCCUUUUUCAUCGGCAUUAAUGACGUCGGCAACAGCUGGUGGCUCAACAACGCCACGCUUUACGAUGCAAUCUUCAGCGAAUACUCCGGAUUGCUGGAGCAGGUAUACAAGACAGGCGCACGCAACUUCCUCUUCCUCUCUGUGCCGCCUGUCAACCUUGCGCCCCUCACGCUGAGCAAGGACGACGGUGGAUAUUCGGUCGAGGCCGAGGGCAAGGUCAUUCUGGACUGGAACACGCGCCUGACGGCUCUGACCACGGCGUUUAAGAAGAACCACACUGAUUCCAAUCUUUUUGUGCACGAUACGCACAAGGUCUUCGACGACGUUAUUAAGAACCCCAAGGCUUACCCGCCGACGAGCGGCUACAAGAACGUCACUGGGUACUGCGACGCGUAUGCAAACGGUACGCCGACGUGGUAUACUAAGGACCCCAGCUGCGAGUAUGCGGUCAACGAGUACUUGUGGCUCAACUCGCUGCAUCCAACUUUCCCGAUGCACAACGCCACGGCUGCCAGCAUUGCAAAGUUCCUGGAUACGCAGAAAUGCUCGAAGUAAACGGAAGGCGAAAGGUUGAGUCUCAGGUACUCAACGGGCGAACGAUGGAGAACGACCAUGAGUCUCCGUUUGUAGCGUCACGUACCGUUGAUACAGCU